AUGUUGAAAGAGGCUAUCGUACCCGACUUCACCGUGAUCGACUAUACACCUAACACCAAUGACUCCUACAUGCUCAUCCGUUACAACAAGCAGCGCAUGGCAUCUAUCGCGACAGCCAUCGCUGCCGUUCUAUCCAUCCUCCCCCGUUUGACGGUUCUCCAUCUCUCCGAUCUCAAGGAAAUCGAUGGCUAUCGCAAGCCAUCUUCCUUGAUCGCCCUUCUCCGCUAUGUCUUUUGCCCCACCCUCGAAGAAUUCCAGUUGUCCCUUGCCGUCGAGGGCGAUUGCACAAGAGCCUCUAUGUCCCACUUCCUUCAACGGCAUCCUAGAAUUGAGAAGGCUACACUUCGCUUUGGAUGGAAUGCAGAACUCCAGGUUGCCUUAGAUGUCCCAUUGAAGAUGCCGAAGAUGCAAUAUUACGAAGCACCCGCAGGAUAUUUCAAGUGUUUAUCAAACCAGACACCACUGUUACAUGCUUCGAUGAACUGCUUUCACCUGGAUAUCUAUCAUAGCGAGGUCGACAUGGAGUUAGGAGAAGGCCUCAUCAACCUGAAGACUUUUUCGUCGCUGAAGACUUUGACGAUCAACCUGGGGACUCGUCUCUCACCCAAACAAAUCAUCACUUAUGUGGCCUCUCAUCUGAGCCAUAUAGAGGAGCUGGAAAUCAGGCACCAUAUACAUCCUAUCAAAACAACACCUGAGUUCUUGCAAAGUGUCAUCGAUGAAUCUUCUCAGGCGUUAUCCCCGUUCUCCUCUCUUCGCCGGGUCACUUUUGUCGGACUUGAGCUCGUGGACGGGUUUACUGCCAGCGGAGAUGUGGUCGAGGUCCGAAGCGGAUUUGUCGAACUCAUCGAAGAGAUCGUCUCAUUGUCCUCAAAGUCGGACCUCCCUGCACUAUGUCGCACGAGUAAACUCUUUCGUGAGAUCGUGGAACCUCUCAUCUACCGUCACAUCUGCAUUCCUUGCGGCGAUACCCUGACUGAUGGUCGACGGACUCCUCGAGCCGACGACGACCGAGUAGUCGAGAUGUUCCAUUGGAUUGUUGGCUUAUAUAAUUCGUUGAAGGGCGAUGAUCGUAAGGCAGCGAUGGUUGAAAGGGUUGAGGUGACAGACUUACCUGAAUACCUAUCGAAUAACUCUGACAUUGUAGAGAUACCGGGAUUCAGCCUUGUGAACUAUACACCAAGCCACACUUCUAGAAAUCUCGACAAGAUAUCCACGGUCAUCGCCGCUGUUCUCUCUGUGCUCCCCAACUUGCCCUUCUUCCAUCUCACCGGCGGCGCCAUCAUUGAGGAAUCACUGGAUGAUGAUGAUGAUUAUGAUCGUUAUGGCCGUAGGCACUAUCUUGCGCCUCAGAUCCGCCAACAUUUAGCGCCCUUGCACCUGCUCAGCCACGUAUUCUGUCCAACCCUUCGCGAGUUCCAUUUGGAUUUCCCGCACAACCCGCCCCAGAUUGAACCCCCACUUCCCCAUUUUAUUCGACGCCAUUCUAACCUUAUAGGCGCCGUACUUCACAUCAGCCAGUAUGAGGUCCCCCGUGAUCGGGUUGAGCUAUGCAUGCCGAGCUUGGAGCGAUUCGAAGCGCCUGCGGGAUACUUCCAAUACUUUGCGGACCCGAUGCCUUCGAAACUCUCGCAUGUUUCGAUGGACUUAACACACGUCGCCGGCAUGUCACGCAAUGAAAUCCUCAGCCUGCUGAAGCGCGAGCUCGCCGUCAUCCGAUCCUUCCCGUCGUUGGAACUUUUGACGCUCAUAGACGAGAAGAAUCUUCGUGAUAUCGAGAGUAUGGGCGUCGUCGCCGCUCGUUUUCCGAAUAUCGAACAAUUGGAGAUCAGACAUAAGUCCUAUCCAUGUUUAUUGGAGAAACCACGAGAAAGCAUCGAGAGGAUGACGCAAGCGUUCGCCCGGUUCAAGGGCCUACGUCGCUUCACGUACGUCUCUCUUAGAAGCGACGGCCGGGCGUCUGCGAGGGUGAAUACUGAAGUCGAUUUGAGUACGGUGAGGAGGUGGGGUUUGGAGUGCCCGACGUUGAUGUACUGUGAGAUAUAUAGGACUGUUUGGCAGCGAAUGCAAGGGGAGUGGGUUAUCGCUUCUUUGUGAAGUUGUGGCCCAUGAUUCGUCGUAUUCGGUUUGUGUGACUAGUCUUAUUGCUUGGUCCUAUCUGCUUUCUUCUCAUCUGUGCGCAUUGCCUUGUCGGCAUAUGUUGACUUCUUGGUUGUUCGUGAUUUAUGUUGCACGGUGAACGUUGCAUUGUAUCUAACGCCCCAGUUCCUGUUGGUAUUGCUAGUCUCCGUGGUCCGCUUCUGCCUGGAGUCAAACGAAUUGAAACCCCUCGGUC